AUGGCCACCGUCUUCACCAAUGGACGUUUCUUCACGGGGAGUGGCAGCAAGGCGAACAGCGAAGACGCUGCCUUUGAAGAAUGCAUGGUGAUCGAAGGCGACACUAUCACGCACGUCGGCCAUGCGACUGACGAGCAGGUCGCGCAGGCCAGAGCCGACGGCGCCGCGGUGCGCGACCUCGGCCAACGAUACGUGUUGCCAGGCUUUGUAGACGGCCACAUGCACCUGCUGCUCCUGGGCCAGUCCCUCCAAAAACUCGACCUCGACCACUGCACCAAUCUCGCCGACAUCCGCACCACCAUCCGCUCCUUUGCGCAAGCCAACCCGGCCGCGCCGCGCGUUUUGUGUAAAGGAUGGAUGCAGAGCAUGAUGGACAACGAGGCUCUGGCGUCGAUGUUGGAUGACCUCGAUCCGCGGCCGAUAUACAUCGACUCCAAGGAUCUCCAUUCGACCUGGUGCAACACGGCCGCGCUGCGAGAGCUCGAUGUCGAGGCCAUGCCGGACCCCCCAGGCGGCACGAUUCAUCGAGACCCAGAGACCGGAAACCCAUCAGGUCUCCUGAGCGAGGCGGUCGUGUUCUCGCUCAUCUGGCCGCAUCUUGCGCGCGUUGCUUCCACCGAGGACAAGCUGAAUGCGCUCCGAGGCGCCAUCUCCGCAUACACGGCCUGCGGAUACACGGGCUUGGUGGACAUGGCCAUGGAUGAGAACUCGUGGGAAGCACUCUUGCAGCUUCGCCAACAGGAGCGUCUGACGCUGCGCAUCGCGGCGCACUGGCUGAUUGUGCCCUCGACCGACCCGGCGGCCGACCUGGCCCAGGUCGACAGGGCCAGCGAGCUGCACGCCAAGUACAACCUGGACACAUCGCCGGACUUUCGCAUUGCAGGCAUUAAAGUCAUCUGUGAUGGGGUGAUUGACGGCUGCACGGCCGCGCUUUUGGAGCCGUAUACACUGAACGGAGUCUCGUGCGAUCCGCUGUGGCCAGCCGAGAAGCUGGCGCCAGUCGUGGAGCGCGCGGUGCAGGCUGGUUUGCAAUGCGCGCUUCAUGCAAUCGGAGACGCCACAGUGCACACAGUGCUCAACGUGCUCGAGGCGCAUGCAGACCCAACCCGACGACACCGAAUCGAGCAUCUUGAAAUGACAACGGCCGAAGACGCAGCGCGGCUGGGCAAGCUCGGAAUCACUGCGUCAGUGCAGCCAGUCCACUCAGACCCAGACAUUCUGCGCGCAUGGCCAGCGCUCAUCGGCCCCGAGCGCUGUCGGCGGGCGUUUGCAUACCGGGAUUUUGUCGACGGCGGAGCGCCACUGGCGUUUGGGUCUGACUCCCCCACCGCUCCUUUCAAGCCGUUGCCAAACUUGUAUACGGCGACGACGAGGCGCUCAGCACGGCUACCUGCGUCCAAGGAGACGGUGAAUGCGCACUUUGCACUACCCCUCGUGAUAGCCCUGACAGCUGCGACUACGGGGGCUGCGUAUUCGUGUUUUUCGGACACGAUUACGGGCCGGCUGAAGAAGGGGCUGCGAGCUGACUUUGUCGUGGUUGAUAUGGAGUGGUCAGCAGAUAGGUUGUUGCAGGCGGCGGUAGAAGAGACCUGGUUUGAUGGCAAGGCUGUUUUCACGGCUGAUUGA